AUGUCUCGAGAGAUUCUAGUCAUAGGUGCAACCGGAAAACAGGGUUGCGCCGUCAUAGACAACCUGCUGCAAGGCGACGGCGACUUCACCAUUCUCGCCGUCUCUCGCAACACGGCAUCACCAAGCGCGCAGAAGCUGGCCCAGAAGUCUCCCAAGAUCAAGCUCGUGCAGGGCGACCUUGACAAUCCUGCUCUUCUAUUCGAGAACACCAAGACGCUCAAGUCUAACCCAGUAUGGGGCGUUUAUUUUGUGCAGAACCCAAUCACCAACCAGCAGACCCCUGAGAAAGAAGUACAACAAGCCAAGGUUUUCAUUGACGAGUGUAUCAAAAACAAAGUGAGCUACUUUGUGUACGGCUCCGUCGACCGUGGCGGUGACAAGUCAUUCGACAACCGUACACCUGUCCCGCACUUUGCCAGCAAAUAUGAUAUAGAGCACUAUCUUACCGAGAAGUGCUCGAGUGCAAGCAUGGACUGGACUUUCCUUCGGCCCGUCGGAUUUAUGGAUAACUACAAGCCGGGUUUCCAGGCCAAGAUUUUCUUGACGUGCUGGAAGGUUGCGACGGGUGACAGACCUUCCCAGCUCGUUGCCGUUUCUGAUAUUGGAUACUUCGCCGCUCAAGCCUUUAUGGAUCCACAGAGAUACAAGGGUCAGGCUAUUUCCCUGGCUGGUGAUGAGUUGACCUUUGACCAAGCCGCUCGCAUCUUCAAGCAAAAGACUGGCCGGGAGAUUCCGACAACCUUUGGGUUCGUUGCCUCAAUUGUCCUUUUCUUCGUGAGUGGAGUCGGCGCCAUGUUCAAAUGGAUGAAGGAGGAAGGUUUUGGGGCGGAUGUCACGGCGCUCAAAAAGGUACAUCCAGGGAUUAUGGAUUUUGGAACCUACCUCGAGACACAGAGCGGUUUCGUGUCAAAGAGGGGGAAUUAA